UCACUGUCAUUGAGUCAAACACACACACAUACGCACGCAUCUCAAAGCUGCGGCCUGUCAGACAGACAGACGGAUAAUGAUGGCACCAAGAGCAGCAUCCGCUGUGAUCAUCCUGCUGUCCAUCACACCUGUGUCAGCAAUGUCGACGUAUGAUCCUCAGUACUGUUACAUCCUGGACGCAUUUCUGCUGCUGUAUUGCAUCAUCAUCACUGCCUUCUUCGUGCGCGAGCGAGUGAGAGUCUAUAACACAUGUGAUAAUGCAUUUCUUCCACAAAACUGUGAUGACGAUAAUGAUUAUGGUUAUGCUUGUUUAUUUCAGCCUCUGCAGAAAAAGACGGACGACACGUACCGUGAGAUUGAAAUGAAGGCAGGCCGCCGCCGUCCUGAUCAGGUUUAUCAGGGUUUGAGCUCCGUGACUAAAGACACGUAUGAUUCUCUGAACAAGCAGCCGAUUCACCCGCCGCCACGUUAAAUGCUGAUUCUCCACAAACCGGCCGUCAGGAUCACAGUCCAGUGCAGAUUCAGCCACUUAACUCAUUCAUUCACUCUGUCUGUGAUUUCAGUCCAGUAGUUUUUUCCCCCUACAGACUCCAGUGUUUAUUCGGUGUUUUUACAGUGACUGUGUUUAUCGUUUCUCCACUUUGUGAAUUAGGCUAUAGACUUUCAUAAUGAACCCAAAAUUUAAACGGCACACAUGUAAAGUAAAAAUCAUUAUAAAACCAAACCUGAUUGAAGACCAAACGUUUAAACAUUGUGAGAUUCAACUAAUAAUUCUAUUCAAAUAAUAAUGCUAUUUGGUAACACUUUACAA